AUGAAACGUUUGACACGAUUGAUGAUGAUCACGAUUAAAUUAAUCAUAAUAAUACGAUGUCAAUCACCAGUAACUAAUUAUGAUCCAUUAUUAGUUCGAAAUGAUAAUCAAAAAAUUCGUCAUUGUCGCCAACAAUCAAUGGCAAAUUAUGCCUAUGGCCGAUUAUAUUUUCUUAUCGAUCUUGGUGAACAUGGUAUAUUGGUCUAUUUCGAACGUUCCGAUCGACAAUGUAAUUUUGAAUGUUGGCAUACGAUUACAAGAAAUCUAAUGCCAGAAAUGAUGAAUCCUAAAUCCGUUUGUUAUGAAAUUGGCCAUAUUCUAUCAUUUCGUGUACAACAUAUGCCAGAAUUGAAACGUCUUGCACAGAUUAAUGCCGAAUUUGCUAAGAUAAAUUUUGCCGAUCUUAUUCAAUAUACAUUCCGUCAAGAAUUAACGAAUAUACGUUCGGUGAGCAUUUUUUGGUCACAUAAAUCUUCAACAUCAAAAUAUCCAUCAUUUUUUGUUCUCUAUAAUAAUCCACGUUUUGAUUAUAUUGCUCAUACUUCGGCUGUUAAUAGUAAUAGUCAUCUCAUUAUGACAAUAGAUAUUGAGAAUUAUGGUCAUUUGGAUGCAAUAUAUCGACCGGAUAUCUGGUGGAUUCAGGCCAAUCGAUUGGUAAUGCAAUUAUAUCUGUUCCGCGCCGGAUAUUAUAUGCCCGAAAUUUUUUGCCUACGCUGUCCGGUGAUCUCAUGGGAAAUGACGUUUCCGACGAUUCCAUUACAAUCAUUAUUCGAUUGCCCGGUUAAUCCUUGCCUAUGGCCAUUGAUUGAUGCUGUUUAUUAUGAUCCACGAACUAAAUUAUAUUAUCUAUUCCAAGGCCGUUGGAUUUUUGUUUAUAACCAUAAAACAGAUACUGGUGGCUUUGAUGUCGGUAACACGGAGAAGGUUUUCCAUUUUUGGAAUCUAAAUUUUCAUGUUCGCUUUGCCACUGGUUUAUCACAAGAUAGCAAAGAAUUAUUAUUUAUUGGUUAUAAUCGGACAAUAAUUCGAUCAUUACAAACAGCAGUGUUGAAUUUGGCGGAGAAUAAACUUGAUAACCCAAAGAAAGAUCAACACCGUAUAUUUGAAUCAAUUAAUUUUGAUCGUCAAAUUCGAGAUUCAACAAAAUUCGAUGUAAUUGCCGGACUUUUCACUAUGGAUUAUGAAAAUGGUCGAAAUUAUCUUUGGCUAAUAAUCAGUCACAAUGAUCGUAUCAUACUUCAAAUUUAUAUAUCAGAUGCAAAUAAUAAUGGUAGUGUUGGUCCUUUUCGUCUCAAGCAAUCGGAAACAUUUUUCCAGAUUCCAUUCAUCAAUGCCAUGUUCAUUGUGAAUCGACAUUUUCAUCUAAUAAUCGGUUAUUUUGGAUUCAUAUUCGAAAUUGAUCAAAAAUUUAAUUGGACAGAAAAUUCGCUUACCAAAAGUCGUUGUAGACGAAUUGUGAUUCGAGAUUAUUUCCAUUGUUCUGAAUCUUAUUUCAACUUAGGUCAAAUAGAUCGAUUCGAAAUAGAUAAGAAUGUUGCCCGUUGGUUUCGAACCUAUUUGGAUGAACCGGUAUUGACCUCCGAUAUGGAUCGAACUUUGUUUCGUCGUUGUCCACCUGUUGACCGCUGGUAUACGAACAGUACGGUCGAUACGAUUGAUUUUAAUUAUGAUCCAAAUAUUGAAAACAUGAAUUAUUGGUUACCGUGGACAUUUUUUGAUUUCGUCCAAAUACAAUCAAUGUUAUGGGUUAUUGUUAUAAUUAUUGUUGCCAUAACAUUCGUAGCUUGCAUUAUGAUAAUCUAUUGUCCAAUCAUAUGUCGAUAUAUCACACGAUCGGAUCUUGAAAAACGAACACCAUACCCAGAGAUUGUUGAUCCACAACUUUGGCGAGAAAUGUUACACCAUCAAAAACAAUCAAUACGACAGCGGCCAUUUCAGCCAAAUCUUCAUCGAUCGGUAGCAAAAUAUUUCGCUACCGACAAAUACAAACGUCAUAAUAAGGAUAAUAGUUCGAUGAAACAACGAAAUAGUCCUCCUACUGAUCCAUUUUCAAUUAUCAUGUCUAAACGACAUAGUCGUAGAUCAUCAGCAUAUAGAACAACGAGUAAAUGUAAAAAGUCUAACAGUCCAGCACAACAACAACGACGACGACAAAGAGGGUCAUCAUCAUCACAAUCAUCAACAUCAUCACCAUCACCGCCAUCACCAUCAUCACCACCAUUAUCAACAACGAAACCUUCGACAAUCAUGAAAAAAAACCCUUCACUGUCAGGAUUGAUGCCCAUAUCAUGGUCAAGACGUACAACAAUGGCAGCGCCUACUCAACAACAUUUUAAUAAUAAUUAUAAGACACAAUCACCACCUGAUCAACAACAACAACCAACAUUCGAUUCAUCACGAAUUUAAAUAAUAAUAAAUUAAAAAUAAUCACACUAGAUGACACCUGAUGCUUUUCUCUUUUUCUUAUCACGUGAUCUUAAAUUAGGAGGAGUUAAUGGAUCAUUCAUUGUCAUCAAGAAUGAAAUGAAGAACCCGCCCCUGAU